GCGCGGCCGGGACUUUGGCUUUGACACGGACGGCGAGCAGGAGCCCUGGUGCUGGUGCCGGGUGCUGGACGCGGUUCUGGCGGAUCCCGCGUCCGAGUCGGGCGCAGGACUUUUGCUUGGAGCAACGCAGGUGCGGCGACGCGGCAAAUCCUGGUGCAAGACUUGGUGCAGCCGCGGCGGUCGGAUCUCGCCGUCGCUGCCGCCUCCGCGCAGCCCUGCAGCUCCUGCCGGCUCUCGGAGAGCGACUCUGAGAGUUUCUCCCGCAGGAAGAGCAGGAACGCGCGGCCCGAGGCGGCGUGGGCGGAAACCCGUGGCCCGGCCCCUGACCCACACCCUCGCGGGCACCGGGGCCGGAGACAGGGGGCCCGUGCUGUCCCGGGUUGGGCUCAGGCUUCGGAGCCGCGGGUGGAAGAAGGACGCCCCGGGGGAACAGCCGAGAGGUGACCAAGUGAAAGGUACUUUUGGACACUCUGGGCAUGGAGACUUAGUGUUUAUCUAUGCUAACGGUUUCAUCCCCUGAAUCCUCCACCUUCCCCUCUUCUGUGCCUCUAAGGUCUACUGGGCUUCUCCCCUAACCAGAGAAUUCUUCUUCGGUGGUGAGGCCUUCCUAGGCCCCUGAUCCUGACCCGCCAUGGGGAGCACCCUGGGCUGCCACCGCUCCAUCCCGCGGGACCCCUCGGACCUGUCCCAUAGCCGCAAGUUCAGCGCAGCCUGCAACUUCAGCAACAUCCUGGUGAAUCAGGAGCGGCUCAACAUCAACACUGCCACGGAGGAGGAGCUGAUGACCCUGCCUGGGGUGACGCGUGCCGUGGCACGCAGCAUCGUGGAGUACCGGGAGUACAUCGGUGGCUUCAAGAAGGUGGAGGACCUGGCACUGGUCAGCGGCGUAGGUGCCACCAAGCUGGAGCAGGUCAAGUUCGAGAUCUGCGUAAGCAGCAAGGGCAGCUCCGCGCAGCACUCUCCCAGCUCCCUGCGGCGGGACCUGCUGGCCGAGCAGCAGCCUCACCACCUGGCCACCGCCGUGCCCCUCACCCCGCGUGUGAACAUCAACACCGCCACCCCGGCUCAGCUCAUGAGUGUGCGAGGCCUCACGGAGAAGAUGGCCGCCAGCAUCGUGGACUACCGCCGCGAGCAUGGGCCCUUCCGCAGCGUAGAGGACCUGGUGAGGAUGGGUGGUAUCAAUGCCGCCUUCCUGGACAGGAUACGGCACCAGGUGUUUGCCGAGAGGUCCAGGCCCCCGUCCACCCACACAAACGGGGGCCUGACCUUCACGGCCAAGCCUCACCCCAGCCCCACCUCACUGAGCCUGCAGAGUGAGGACUUGGACCUGCCGCCCGGGGGGCCCACGCAGAUUAUCUCCACUCGGCCUUCGGUGGAGGCCUUUGGAGGCACGAGGGAUGGGCGGCCUGUGCUGAGGCUGGCCACCUGGAACUUGCAGGGCUGUUCGGUGGAGAAGGCCAACAACCCGGGGGUGCGAGAGGUGGUGUGUAUGACGCUCCUGGAAAACAGCAUCAAGCUUCUAGCUGUGCAAGAACUGCUUGACAGAGAGGCCUUGGAAAAGUUCUGUACGGAGCUGAACCAGCCGAUCCUGCCCAACAUCCGCAAGUGGAAGGGGCCCCGGGGAUGCUGGAAGGCUGUUGUCGCUGAGACGCCCUCAGCUCAGCUCCAGAAGGGGGCUGGCUUCUCAGGAUUCCUGUGGGACGCUGCGGCCAGGGUGGAGCUGAGAGAUGCUGCCUCGCAGGAGAGCUCGCCAGGCAACGGGCACAGGAAGCCCUCUGGUCCCAGCCCGUACCUCGCCCGGUUCAAGGUGGGAAGUAAUGACUUGACCCUGGUGAACCUUCACCUGGCAACCCUGACCCUUCCAGGGGGCGAGAAUCCAAGCAAGAACCACAGUGACAGCCACCGAGUGGCUAGCUUUGCACAGACCUUGCAGGAGACCCUGAAAGGAGAAAAAGACGUGAUUGUUUUAGGGGAUUUUGGCCAGGGGCCAGACAGCAGUGACUAUGAUAUCUUGAGGAAAGAAAAAUUCCACCACCUCAUCCCGGCCCACACCUUCACCAACAUCAGCACCAAGAACCCUCAAGGCUCAAGGUCUCUGGACAACAUUUGGAUCAGUAGAAGCUUAAAGAAGAUUUUCACAGGUCACUGGGCUGUAGUGAGAGAAGGCCUCACAAACCCUUGGAUUCCAGAUAACUGGUCCUGGGGUGGAGUAGCUUCUGAACACUGCCCUGUGCUAGCUGAGUUUUACACCGAAAAGGACUGGAACAAGAAGGAAGCCCCUCGGAACAGUAAUGGGGUCACUGUGGAGCGAAGCGAAGGCAACAUUAAGCAUGAGCGAUGAUGACACUGAAUGGGUUUUCCCAACCUCUGACCCUGGGGGGGCACAGGCAGGGAGCUGGCCCUUCCAGGUGAGGAUGCCGAGCCAGAACUGCCUUUCUAUCUUCGACCUGACAACAUCAGCACCGGGGCCUUAACCUGCCUGCCUUCUUUGUGGACAUUUUUGGGCCUCUGAUGGGAGAGGAAAGUGCCAGAUCGUCAAAUCAGAAGCCCAGUGGAGAACAGACAUGUCUUCUCAUUUGUGGAUGCCACCAACCUCAGCCCACUCCGGCUGGCUGUCCGCUGCCACCUGGACCGCGGUACAGAGAGAACAGGAGUGGAGGCCGCCGGAGGCAGAGGAGAGCCAUUUCAGGCUGCCGAGGCCUGUGGAGCAAGGCCAGAAGCUCUCGUCUCUGACCUCCGGUCUGUGAUGUUCUGACUGCAGAUUGCAUAAAGCUUUGAACUGGGAUGGAGCACUCUUCUCAAGUGUUCUGAGUGGUGAUUUUUAGUUUUGUUUUGAAAAAAUAAACAGAGGUGAACCUUC